AUGCGGCGGUACAGACGGUGCCACCACGCAACACUCUCUGGUCGCACCAACACUAACCAAACGUACACACUGUGCAAGCAACAGGAAGCUUGCUCCUCUGCCCUUGUCACCUCACGAUCACGAUGGACUGGUCAUGAGCUAUCCACUCUGACCAUUGCUGAGGCCAGUGUUGUUAGCCGAGUGUCCUCCUUGGCUGACACUUGUGGCUUCACCUUGUCCAAUUAUCCACCUGCAACACAUGCUCACAAUUCUGUGGCUGGGUGUGCAUUGAUAGCUAGGCAGCAAGGUGUUGCUCACAACGUGGUGUGGGCGUGUCCACGACAGGGCUUAGUGCAUUACCAGAAGUGUAUGAGUAAGCUGCAUACUAUUCACAAUUCAGAAAUUUCAGAUAUCCGGAGAAGGCAUUCGGACAGUCACUACUACGUCACACCCCAGCCCCACCCACCUCUUCCCCUAGUAUGCAGCUUACUCACUUCUGGUAAUGUACUGUGCAGUGAAAAAUUAGCAUUUGGUGUGAAAUAUAGUGUGGCAAAGUAUAAUAGUGAUCCAACACUUCGUUACCGAGAAAAUCGAGGUCUUGGAUUUGGCAUAAAGUCCGACGUGUACCCGCCCAAGUGUCUGGGAAGCCCCGCCAUCCUGCUCCUGCUCCUCCUCCUCCGCCGCCUCCCCGGUCCAUGUGAUAGCAGUUCAUCUCCAGCAGGUCGUCCUUUGCAGAAGAGGACGCAGACCGCGGAGGCGUGCGGUCCGGCACAGGUCCUGCCACUACUGAAGGGAGAACCAAACCAGCGUGUCCUGUCAACCCCCAACCUGCGGUGUUCUUGCACUGGAAGCCGCAAGGUGUCGCUGCGCCUUCCUCGGAUGAAUUGGAUCCUGCCUCGCACCAGCUCUGUCCUGGCAACGCGUGGUGCCAUCCAGGAAGGGAGUACACCCUUUCUCGCAGCACCUUCCACGGAGGAAUUGGACCCUGCCUCGCACCAUGUGGUGCCAUCCAGGAAGGGAGGACACCCCGCUUCGCACCAGCAUGUGGUGCCAUCCAGGGAGGGAGGACGACACCCCGCCUCGCACCAUCAUGCGGUGCCAUCCAGGGAGGGAGGACGACACCCCGCCUCGCACCAUCAAGCGGUGCCAUCCAGGGAGGGAGGACGACACCCCGCCUCGCACCAUCAUAUGGUGCCAUCCAGGGAGGGAGGACGACACCCCGCCUCGCACCAUCAUGUGGUGCCAUCCAGGGAGGGAGGACGACACCCCGCCUCGCACCAUCAUGUGGUGCCAUCCAGGGAGGGAGGACACCCCGCCUCGCAGUACCUUCCACGGAGGAAUUGGACCCUGCCUCGCACCAGCAUGUGGUGCCAUCCAGGGAGGGAGGACACACUGCAAUGAUUCAUCUAUCCUAACAAAUACAUGUUGCUAAUCAUUCGUAUUCUUAUUCCGUCCAUCUAAUAUGAAUGUACCCACACAACGUUAUUCUGUCCAUCUAAUGUGAAUAUAUGCACAGUGUAAUGUUAUUCUUUCCGUGUUCUGUGAUGUUCCCACAUAACUGGUGUUAUACUUAAUAAUAAAUCAUGAUUAAGGAAA